AUGGCCCACGUCCGCUGCCUUCCCGUCUCCGUCCCACCCUCGCGAAUCCCGCACUGCGCCACGUGUCCUCCCGAUAUGUCGUUCCCGUCGGACCUUGUCUCGUCGGAGUUAGUGCCACCAGAGUUCGUGUGUCCGCUGGCGGCCGCGAUCAUGCGCGACCCGGUCAUCGCGCCCACCGGCCAGUCGUACGACCGCGCAAGCAUUCUAGACUUCCGCGCGCGCGGCGGCCGCUUCUGCCCCAAGACGGGGGCGGCGCUCGCGGACUGCGCGCUCAUUCCCAACGACGCGCUCCGCCAGCUCAUUGCCGCCUGGUGCCUCUCCCACGCCACGCCCGUCCAUUCCCCUCCUUCUCCCCCUUCUCCGCUUAACUCCGCGUCGCCCCUCGGCGCCUCUCCCGCCGUCCUCCCCGUGCGCUCAGCACCAGCCGUCAUCAACGGGCUCGCCUCUCCCCCUAACUGCGCGCCCUCCUCGCCGCUGCGCUCGCCACUUUCUCCGCUCCAGCGCCGUUAUUCCUUCCAACCAAACCGCGGCAUGUCUGCGUGCAGGGGGCACGGGGACGAACAGCCGGCGCCAGACGCGGCGAGCUUGGCGAUUCCGCGGCACGUGAUGGGCGCGGGCAGCAGCGGCAGGUCGCUGUGUCGCACCAUCUCGCCGCUCUCCGAGACCGCGUCGCUCGACUGGGCCGCCGCCAGCAGCGCCGCUAGCAGCCCCUCCACGCCCCUCCGCGUCUCCCGCCACCGCCACAACCACCAGCUCGCCGCCACGUCACAGGACGACGCAACUGACAUGGCGCUCAGCUCGUACCUCUCCGCGAGCGCGUCGUUCUCCCGCCUGCAGCAGUCGAAUCCCAACUCGCCACGUGGCAGUCGCCGCCGCAGCAAGGACACGCCGGUGCGAGAGAUGCGGCCAUUCGUGGAUGCACUGCAGGAUGCUGAUGUGGCAGUGAGGCGGGUCGCCGCGGAGGCCAUCCACGUGGCAGUGAAGGAGGCGGAGGAGAACCGCACACGGGUAGUGCAGGCGGGCGGCGUGGCGCCACUGCUGGCUGCAGCACAGUGCGAGGAUCAAGGCACGGCACAGCAGGCAUGCGCUGCCCUGCUGUACGUGUCACUAGCACGUGAGGGGGCGAGGGAGGUGGUGGUGGGUGGGGGCAUCGAGGUGUUGGUUGAUGUGCUGCGACCAGGGGAAGAGGCGGGGACGCAGGGAGAGGCGGCUGAAGCCACCAAGGCCAACGCCGCUGCUGCGCUCUUCACUCUGUCGUCCACCAAGGAGGAGCGCAAGCGCUUUGUGUGCUCUGCUGGUGCCGUGCCGCACCUCGUGCACCUCGUGCAGACGGCACACACACCCCGCGCGCUCAAGGAUGGUUGCCUGGCGCUGUACGGGCUGGUGGGGUUGCGGCAGGCGGCGGAGCAAGCAGUGGCGCUGGGAGUGGUGGCGAUGGCGGUGGGGCUGCUGGAGAGGCAUGGCGAGGGCGUGGAGGAGAAGGCAGCGUCUCUGCUGGCCGUACUGGCUCGCUCUGACGUGGGUGUGGCAGCCAUUGUGGGGGAUGAGGAUGCGGUGUGUGCGCUGGUGGAUGUGAUGGAAGGCAGCUCGCAGCAUGCUGCUGACAAAGCAGCAUGCACUCUGCUGGCCAUGGCACGGCAUGGCGGGGAUGCCAUGGCUCGGAGAAUAAUGGCCGAGGGGUGCCUCCCUCCAUUGGCCAAGCUUGCAGCAAAAAGAGUGGCGGAGGGGGGUGGUUGCACCUCCAGCGCCCCGCUGCUCUGCUUCGUCACCAAGCCAGCAGCCCCCCCCUCCGCCUCUACCUUCCCCCCCCUGCUGCUCCUACUGCAGCGGCGGUUUCUGCCCGGCACCUCGUGCGCCUCUGCCCGGCGCCUCGUGCGCCUCUGCCCGGCGCCUCGUGCGCCCUGCCCGCCCGCGCCCGCCUCACCAGAUCGCACACCUCGCCCCCCCUCCCUUCUCUGCCCUCUCCCUACUGCGUGUGCAGCAGUUUGGGGGGAGGGGGAGGUGGUGUAA